GCUUUGCCCCCUGGCAGCCGCAGUCGCUCGCGUGAGCCGCCGCCGCCUCCCCCUCCACCUCCUCCCUCCCCUCCGCGGCCCGCCUCGCCCGCCCGCCCGCCUCCUUCCUUCUCCGCCGCCGCCGCCGCCAUGUCGCCGGUGCGGGCGCUGCUGGCGCUGCUGGCCGCGCUGUCGGCCCCGGCGGCCGGCUACUUCGUCAGCAUCGACGCGCACGCGGAGGAGUGCUUCCUCGAGCGGGUCCCGUCCGGCACCAAGAUGGGGCUGAUCUUCGAGGUGGCUGAGGGAGGCUUCCUCGACAUCGACGUGGAGAUAACAGGUCCCGAUAACAAGGGCAUCCACAAAGGAGACAGAGAGUCCAGUGGAAAAUACACCUUUGCCGCUCACAUGGAUGGAACAUAUAAAUUUUGCUUCAGCAACCGAAUGUCCACCAUGACGCCGAAGAUAGUGAUGUUCACUAUUGACAUUGGUGAAGCUCCAAAGGGCCAAGAUAUGGAGACAGAAGGUGGCGGAGAUACCUGGGAUGCUCAUCAGAACAAGCUGGAAGAGAUGAUUAAUGAGCUAGCGGUGGCCAUGACUGCAGUCAAGCAUGAACAGGAGUACAUGGAAGUUCGUGAAAGGAUACACCGAGCAAUUAAUGAGAAUACAAAUAGCAGAGUGGUCCUCUGGUCGUUCUUUGAAGCCCUUGUACUAGUUGCCAUGACACUGGGACAGAUCUACUAUCUGAAGAGGUUUUUUGAAGUCCGGAGAGUCGUUUAAACAAACUCCACUACCCCUCCCUUUCAAAUGAUCCCAGACUCUCCAUUCACUGUCUACCAAACAACUUGGUUGAAAAAAAUCACUUAGUUUUCUUUAUCCCUGCAUUCUGAACUAUAAGACUUGUGUUUUAAGUUUCUUUUUAGCUUAAAAGGUUUUUUUUAUAUAGAUUUUCUCUCUAAUGGAAUAUGUGGCUGGGAGUUGUUUGUUGAAAUUGGCAGAUUUUGUUUCUCACGACCAGAAGUGAGUUCAACCAAAGUUGCAAAAGAUAGUUUUUGGUUAUCAAAAAAAAAUGGUUAUAGUUUUUGGUUAUUUUGGUUAUCAGUGUUGGUUAUCAUAAACUUUUUCUUGAGUCUUUCUUUUCCUACCCCCCUUUCUGUAAUGAAAUACUUUUUUUGCAUAGGGGAAAUCUUGCAGGAUCCAAAAAUAUGUUUUUUCACAACACCAAUUAAACCUGUGGGAAUAUGCCUAUCAAGGUAUUUCUCUCCCUUUAGAUGAGGGAGCAUUCGUGGUGUGCAGCGGCCAUGAGUCUAAGAAAUAAGCCAGCAUGCCAAGAAACAGGCCCUUUUUUUGAGAGGCACUGAAAUUAGCUGUCGAUCCUCUUAGGGUUUGGUUAGGCGGCGACUAUAAGAGUUCACUCUUUAAGAACUCUUCUAUAAGAGUACUUUCAUUGUAUUUACACUGGUUUGUUUUCCCUGUUUCUUUUUAAUUAGAGAUGCAACACUGCUCUUGUCACUUAGCUGUGUCGUCUUAGUGUGCAAACCUGUGAACAGGCAGAAGCUGUCUGUGGGAGCUUGGAUAAACAUAAUCUCUCCCCCUUUUCUGAUUUCCGACCCAAAGCUUCUCAGCUGUUUAGCACUAUAGUAGAACUAGUGUUCAGGAUGCUGGUUCCUGAUGCCAAAGGGUUAACUGUUUGGAGGGGGGAGGGAGGUCAUUACCAUGCUAUGCAGCCCAUAUAUAGAUAUUUUUUAAAAGCAGCAGGUGUGCUGCUACGGGGUCACAACAAGGAGACUGUAAACACCUUUCCUACAAAAGAGUCUCCUGUGCCUUUUACAUAGCAGAGAGAAAUGAAGCGGGUAUCGGUUUUUCCCCCUGCUGGUGAAUCUUCCUAAGAGGCUCUUGCUCAUUUAAUGGCAGCAAAGCAGGAAAAUUCAGUAGGUGCAGCUUUCCCUGUUACUGCAUCUCCAGGAUGAGAAACUGUAGUUGCUGAAUUCUCUUGUUGAACUGCUGUUAAAGACACAGGAGCCUCCAUUGAGAAAGGAGUUGGCACUCCCAAUCAGGUUAACUUGAAGUAUAUUUUCUGCUUUUUCCUCUCGUCAAACACACGUUGACUUCAGUUUUUGUACAAACUAUUUUUCUUGCGAUCUGGAUGGUGGGUUUAAAAAUUGAAACGUCUGUCUAUGGGAGCAAGGUGCUGAUCCAAGAUUAUGUUGUGGCUAAUGUAUAUUGGACUGAUGUAUAUUGGUUGUAAUUUUGGGGGUGGGUGGGAGCGGGUUCUUUUCAGGGGGGGCAUUCUAUCAGUAACACAUAAAGAGUUUUGUACCAAAUUUAAUUUAAUUAAAAUUUGUUACAAGUUUCCAUGGUCCAAGAAAUCUUUUUCAGCCUAAGGCGGACACGUAACAGCAGUUCUUCAAAGGGUAUGGCUGGCCACCUCCAUCUCAAUGCAGCUGUUGUAUGCCAACUCCGUGUGUGAGACAAGUUGAAUUUGAACUAGAAGAUGUACAUUAAAAAGUGCUUGAAAUAUGGCCAGAUUGAUAAAUAAACACCUUCUUUAAAAAAGA